UUUUUUCCUGCCUUAUAAUUUGAUUUUAAAAAUUUUCAUAAGCUCUUUGGAGAAAGGGUCCAUGAUUUAGAAUGAUAUUGUAUAAGAUUCUCCACUAACUGCCUUAGAAUCCUAAUAUUUUUCAAGUUGAAAAUAACUUGUUAGUAAUUAAAACUUACCUCCUGCCAACCAUUUUACAAAUGAGACAAUAGAGCUUUGAAAUAGAGUGCCUCCUAGAGUUCCCACUGUGGCGCAGUGGGUUAAGAACCUGACUGCCGCAGCCUGGGUCACUGCCAGAGGUACAGGUUCACUCCCUGGCCCAGGAGCUUCCAUAUGCUGUGGGUGUGGCCAUAUUUAAAUAAAUAAAUUAAAAAAAAUUAAAAAUAGAGUGCCUCCUCACAUUUAAAUUUUAAUUCCAUUUAAAGAAGUUAAUUAAUAUGCAUUUUUCAGGAACAUGAUUAUUCUAUAGCAAGCUGUACACCUGGGCUUAUCUCUGUACAGAGCCUUAUGGGUAAAGUGAUGUCAGUGGGCUUUGGAGCCAGAGGGAUUAGGGUUCAGAUUCUUGUUCUGACCCUUAGGUAGUAGUACAUGAUGAAAUAUUUUUAAAUGGGGAUAAUACUUUCCUAAUGGAGUAUAUAGAUGCUCAUAUUAAAUGAUAUAAAUUGCAUACAGCUUUUGGCUUGUAGAAGGUGCUGAAAAUAAAAUAGUUUAAAAAAUUUCCGUUAACUUGUUAAAAAUCCAUUUGCUGUAAUAAGAAAUCAACUUGAACUUGAUUACAUGAGUAUUGGGGAGAUUCCUUGGGGGUAAUUAUAUUAAAUAAAAAUUAUUGUUAGGUAACAAUUUUUGUUGCAUUAUAACUCAUUUUAUUUUAAAACCAGAGGCUUUGUUGGUAGAGAUGACUUAAUUAUCUAGCUUUCUUGGUUACCCAACUUGAAAACAGUUUGCGGAGAAAGAUGUGAAAGGAAAGGUGUCUGUGAAUUAAAUCUAAAGAUGGUCCCCAGGUUGAUAAGCAUGUUGUUUUCUUGGAAUGAUAGUUCUUGGUCUAUUAGCUCCUUCCAGGGUCUCAAGCAAAUAUCUUUAUUAAUUAUGUAAUAAUCCAUUUCUUUUGGAUAAAACCCUUCUGUGCUAGUAAGGAAAAUAAUAAAGUAACAAAUAUUUUUGGGGGACCAUAUUGAACUGUUGCCACUUCUUCAGGCUUCGUGCACCUUCAUGAGUAAAAUGAAUCUAUUCAACUCCUUUGAGCUACCACCCAUCCCCAACAAGUGAAGAAACAGAACACAGAAAGAGAACAACAGAAAACCCAACAACUAACGAAACCUUUACAGUAUCUGGAGUAGAGCAGAGAAAUUAUUAUGCCUAUGUUCCCCUGGGACUCACUGGAAAUUGUACAGUGACAUCUGGGAUUUAGUCUGAAUGAAGUAUCAGAAAAACACUUCCCACCUGUAGCUGCCUGUCAGGUUAGGAGCGUGCAGCCUGGUGCCUAAGAUGGAAGUAGAUGUUAAUGGAGAGUCCAGAAGCACCCUGACCAGCCUGCCCUUGCCCGUGGCCGAGGCAAGCUCCCCGGGAAAGGCAGAGGCGGAAAAGCCCCGCUGCUCCAGCACGCCGUGCUCGCCCAUGCGCCGGACUGUGUCAGGCUACCAGAUCCUCCACAUGGACUCUAACUAUUUGGUGGGCUUCACAACCGGUGAGGAACUCUUGAAGUUAGCCCAGAAGUGCACAGGCGGUGAAGAGAGUAAGGGAGAAGCUGUGCCUUCUUUGCGCUCCAAACAGCUGGAUGCAGGACUUGCACGUUCCUCUCGUUUGUAUAAAACCAGAAGUAGGUACUACCAGCCAUACGAGAUUCCAGCUGUCAAUGGCAGGAGGCGAAGGCGGAUGCCUAGCUCAGGAGACAAGUGCACUAAAUCCUUACCUUAUGAACCUUAUAAGGCCCUCCAUGGGCCUCUGCCUCUUUGUCUUCUUAAAGGUAAGAGGGCUCACUCCAAAUCUCUGGACUACCUCAAUCUAGAUAAAAUGAACAUCAAGGAGCCAGCUGACACAGAAGUGCUACAGUACCAGCUUCAACACCUCACCCUCAGAGGGGACCGUGUGUUUGCUAGGAAUAACACAUGAGUGACUUGCAGAGAGUGUAAAUCAGUUUACACUUGGCUAGAAAAUUUCACUGUUGUACUCUGUACAGGACUCUUUACAUUAUAGAUGGUUCUAUCAGUUAGGUAUUCCUGGAACAUAAACAUUGUUUGGAUCAAAUUUUGAAUACAGGAAUGAAAUAACAGGUACUUGAGGGGUAAUCAUUCUAGAGCACGCAACUACAAGGAAAACAGAAUGUUGACCAUUAGUUUGUAUAGCUUUUUAGCUAGGAAAAAAAGGCUUUGGUGCAGUAAUAUCAUCUUUAAGAUUCUGAUACUCAAAUUGGGAAUGUUAUCUGCUUGGUUGUUGCUGACUUGGUAUGAUUCAUUAGAAAUUUAUAUCUUAAGUACUCAAGUACUUCUUUAAUCUCUGUAUUUUACUAUAAAAUGUAUGUAAUGAUUUGUUUUAUGAAAUUUAGAACUUGAACAUUGCUAAAUUGGACCACUUUUUAUUUUUAAAUAUUGAGUUUAAAUAUUUUAUAACUGGUUUUGCACUGAAAAAAAUUAACAUUUCAGAUUGACAAGAGAAUAAUCUUUCUUCACUUGCCUCAAUAAUAUUAUUGAGCAAUGAAUUUUUUUAUUUCCGCAUGGAAAGUUAUUGAUCUCUAUGGCUGUAAAAUAUUUCUUUAUAGCGUUAUUAAAGUGUGUCUUAAUAAAAUUAAAUUUGGGAUACAAAGUAUUUAUUUUACAGUGGGCGGGGGGGGGGAAGCUUUUCCGAAAAGUUUCCAAUAUGAAGUUUUCAUAAGUUGAAAAAGUUUCCUUAGUGCUUAUUUUCUAAUUUAAAGUUCACCUGGAACUUUAAAAUGGAAAGGAUUCUUUAAAUUGUGGAUUAUAGGCAUAAUACUGUUUGCAUCUAAAUGUUCUGUAAGUGAAUGGAACUUUAAUAGAGGAAUUCAUGAUUUCUACUAUCGAAUGCUUAAACUAAGUAUGAAGUGAUACCAUUCAGCAUGGCAUCGGGUCAUUCCAGUUUUAGUUCUGUGCAGCACAGGCAGGCAUGCAUUGAAAUUCCAGUUUCUAGGAUUAGUGCUGGAGCCUAAAGUGCUUCUACAGUUUUAAUGGGUUAAUCCUGGAUUACUUAACAAUUUAUGUCAAUUGCACUGGUUUAAUUUGUUGCUAAAGAAAUAAUGCCCUGGCUUUAGUAACAAAUACAGCUCAACUAUUCUUGAAUAUAUUUUGAAAAAAAAUGUAUGUAACUUACCUUUUGUAAAAGUUUCUAUUUCUUUUUUUUUUCUUUUUUGACUCUUGAAGGUGCAAUUUAUUACUGAAUUGGCAUUUCUGGCAGCCUAGACCUGCUUAUUUUAGUUUUUAUUUCGGGGGCUGUGAGUUUCUACGGUGUUAGCAAUCUUACUUAUAAAAUAAGAACACCUUUUAAUUAAAUUAGUGGCUCAUUCCUGGUGCAGUUGUGACUUUUCUUUAGCCGGAAUGAAUGACAAACUCUAUUUAGAACAGAAUAAGUAUUAGAAAACCCUAGGAACUCUUAAUCAAUGUUUAUUAUACUUUCACUGAGGCAAAUCAUGUGAAAGAGCCUUGGGAAAGUUGGCCCAUAUCUUACUGAGUUGAUCAUAUUUCUUGGUGGGCUGGAAAUUUUCAGCUGUUGUACAUUUUAAAGUAAAUUGCACCUUUGUAACAUAUUGUAUUGACGAAUGAUCACUAAGAUUAACUAUAUCUCUACAGUCAUUAGUUUGACAAGAAAUAGAAUCCUGUCAGAUGCCAAAGAGUUGGGAUUUUUACGUUUAAUGAUUAAACACCAUUAUUUAUUGAUGAUUUACCCUGUGGAACUGUAUUAUUUCUAACUAUGAAAUAAAAGGGUGGUGUAAACACACA